AUGACCAAACCUUACUCAGAAGAAGCGCCCGUUCCAGAAUUCAAUUCUGGUACCAAGCAAUUACCAAAACCAUUGGCCGAAAAGUGUCCUACUAUUAUUGAAAAAUUCAGUAACGCUUAUGGUACCAAACCUGAUUUUAUUACUAGAUCUCCCGGUAGAGUCAAUUUAAUAGGUGAACAUAUUGACUACUGCGACUUCUCCGUUUUGCCUUUAGCUAUUGAUGUCGAUAUGCUUUGUGCUGUUAAGGUUCUGGACGAAAAGAAUCCAUCUAUUACGCUAACAAAUGCUGAUCCAAAGUUUGCUCAAAGAAAGUUCGACUUACCAUUAGACGGUUCUUAUGUCACAAUUGAUCCUUCUGUGUCGGACUGGUCUAAUUACUUCAAAUGUGGUUUGCAUGUUGCUCAUUCUUUUUUAAAGGAAGUUGCACCAGAAAGAUUUUUUAACACUCCUCUAGCUGGAUUACAGGUUUUUUGCGAGGGUGAUGUCCCAACUGGUAGUGGUUUGUCCUCUUCUGCUGCCUUCAUUUGUGCAGUUUCUUUGGCUGUUAUCAAAGCAAACAUGGGUUCUGAUUACCAUAUGUCUAAACAAAACUUAAUGCGUAUUACAGUUAUUGCAGAGCAUUAUCUCGGUGUUAACAACGGUGGUAUGGAUCAAGCUGCCUCUGUAUGCGGCGAAGAAGAUCAUGCCCUAUAUGUCGAAUUCAAACCACAAUUGAAGGCUACACCAUUCAAAUUUCCAAAAUUGCAAAAUCAUGAAGUUAGUUUUGUCAUUGCGAACACCCUUGUUGUGUCUAACAAGUUCGAAACUGCUCCAACUAAUUACAACUUGAGAGUGGUAGAGGUAACUACCGCUGCAAAUGUCUUAGCAUCCACAUAUGGCGUUGUUUUACCUUCUGAAAAGGAAGGGUCGAGCAUGAAUAAAGGUAACCUAAGGGAUUUCAUGAACGUGUAUUAUGCUAGGUAUCACAACAUCUCCACGCCCUGGAAUGGUGAUAUUGAAAUCGGUAUUGAACGUCUAACGAAGAUGCUAGAACUGGUUGAAGAAUCUCUAGCUAAUAGAAAACAAGGGUUUAGUGUCGAUGAUGUCGCACAUGCCUUGAAUUGUUCUCGCGAAGAGUUUACAAGAGACUACUUAACAUUAUCCCCAGUGAGAUUUCAAGUAUUAAAACUAUACCAGAGGGCCAAGCAUGUUUAUUCCGAAUCCUUAAGAGUUUUAAGAGCAUUAAAGUUAAUGACUACUGCUAAGUUUACCACCGAUGAAGACUUUUUCAAGCAAUUUGGUGCUUUGAUGAAUGAGUCUCAAGCUUCUUGUGACAAACUUUACCAAUGUUCUUGUCCAGAGAUCGACAAAAUUUGCUCCAUUGCUUUAUCGAAUGGGUCUUAUGGUUCUCGUUUAACUGGAGCCGGUUGGGGUGGUUGCACUGUUCACUUGGUUCCAGGUGGGCCCAACGGAAAUAUAGAAAAAGUGAAAAAGGCCCUUGUGAAUGAGUUUUACAAAGUUAAAUACCCUAAGAUCACCGAAGCUGAACUAGAAAAUGCUAUCAUCGUUUCUAAACCAGCUUUGGGCAGUUGUUUUUAUGAAUUAUAA